GUUUUCCCUCUCUUGGACAUUUCUUCGAGAACAUAUUCCUGCAAAUACAUCGUUAAGAGUUUAAAUAUAGACGAACAUUUAUGUAACCGCCAAAUACCCUUAUUACCCGAAGACACCGCCAUCACCCUCAAGCCCCUCUCUCUCUUCUCUCCCCCUUAUUCGCGUUAACUCUUUCCCUAUUCGAGCACCUAAAGCCCAUCCUUUCUCUCUCUCUAACUUCUUUGAGCUCUAGAAGCCGUUGCAGAGGGAAGCUGCCAUAACUCUAGAACAGAGGACGAGUAUACAUGCAAAUUUGCUACAAACUGGAGAAAUGGCUGGUGACAAUAGCUUAAAACAAGAAGAAAUUGAAAACAGUGACGAUGAUGAUGAAUUUCCUCUAGUUUUUAAGAGGUAUAGUACACCAGCUAAACCAAAACAAUCUGUUGCUGUACCAAAGAAGUCAUCUCAAGGGAACAGUGAGCCUUUGGGAAGGCCUAGUUCUGUUGAUCGCGGUGCUCCAAAGAAUAUAUCACUGGUGAAACCUUCACAUCCGAACGUGCAAAGGGAUAACACCUUACCAUCUUUGAAGUCAGCCCUAUUUAGCUCAGCUAUUUCGACUGCAAAAUCAGGCGAAUCAAGGGAUAUGAACCCAGGUAUUAAUGACAAGGAUAGCCAACCCCUGCAAAGGCCAUCUUCUGAACCAAAUAUGAAGUCUGAAGACUCUGAUGAUGAUAAGCCGUUGAACUCUAGAGUUGCUGCAGUUGCUAAUACAGUUAAAAACAAAUCUCCAGGGCCUAAUUUGCCCCUUUCUUGCUCAGCCAUGCCUGUAAAAACGAUCGUAAAGUCUCCAGUGAAUGUUGUUAAGAGAUCUCCUGAUGAUUCAGAUGAUGAAAAGCCUCUAUCACAGAAGUUUCCGCGGAAGUCCUCCAAUGGUGCAGUUGCUGGUACUUCUAUUAAACCCACAUAUGAUGACUCAGAUGAAGAGAAGCCUUUGGCUUCAAACUUUCAGCGAAAUGGUUCAAGCAAAAAGAAUUUAAAUGGGGAGCUUCCCUUGAAGGUUAAUCAAAUUCUGAAAAAGAGGCCUGCAGAGGAAUCCAAAGUGCUGGCAAAGAAACCAAAGCCUUCAGCUGAUCCUUCAUCUUCUUCUAGAGUCAAAGUAGAAGUGACUGUGAAAGCAGAGAAGAGUGAAAGGGGAGAUGAUGAAGAUGAUCUUUCAAUUUCUCAGCGGAUGAAGAAAUUUUCUUCUGUUAGUGGGCAGGCUUCAGCUAAAAAGAUUAAAACCAAGGUUGUUUCUUCUUCAUUCAAGAAAACCGGAAAGAAUUCAAAGAAAGAAAUGAAAAAAAUCAAGGGCUCUAAGUCAGCAAAGGGGCCUCCUGGUUCUGGUGACGGGCAGAAGUGGUCCACCUUGGAGCACAAUGGGGUUAUCUUUCCAUCUCCUUAUAAGCCUCAUGGUGUUAAGAUGCUCUACAAUGGGCAGCCAGUUGAUCUUACCCCUGAAAAAGAGGAGGUUGCUACCAUGUUUGCAGUGAUGAAAGACACGGAGUAUGAGACAAAGCCGAAGUUCAUUGAUAACUUCAUGAAUGAUUGGAGAGUUAUACUUGGGAAGAACCACGUUAUAAAGAAGUUUGAGCUAUGUGAUUUCACCCCAAUCUAUGAGUGGCAUCUCAAAGAGAAAGAGAAGAAGAAACAAAUGAGUGCAGAAGAGAAAAAGGCUUUAAAAGAGGAAAAAGCCAAAUUAGAGGAGAAGUACAUGUGGGCUAUUGUUGAUGGAGUUAAAGAGAAGGUUGGGAACUUCAGGGUAGAACCACCUGGCCUAUUCCGUGGACGUGGAGAGCAUCCAAAGAUGGGAAAGUUGAAAAGACGAAUCUUUCCAAAAGAUAUUACCAUCAAUAUUGGGAAGAAUGCUCCCAUUCCAGAAUGUCCUAUAUCGGGUCAAAGGUGGAAAGAAAUAAAACACGACAACACUGUUACGUGGUUAGCAUUUUGGAAUGAUCCAAUCAACCCAAAAGAGCUCAAGUAUGUCUUCUUGGCUGCCAGCAGCUCCUUAAAAGGGCAAAGUGACAAGGAGAAGUAUGAGAAAGCGAGAUUGUUGAAGGAUUACAUAGACAGCAUCAGGGAGACCUAUACAAAACAUUUUAACUCCAAGGAUAUUAUGAAAAGACAAACUGCCAUUGCGACAUACCUUAUUGAUAGGCUGGCUCUCAGGGCAGGCAAUGAAAAGGAUGAUGAUGAAGCUGAUACAGUGGGUUGCUGCACAUUAAAAGUGGAGAAUGUCACAUUACUUCCUCUAAGUUCAUUACAGUUUGAUUUCCUCGGUAAAGAUUCCAUCAGAUAUUUCAACACAGUGGAGGUUCUGCCUCCUGUAUAUAAAGCCAUUGGAGAUUUUCGUUCUGGGAAAAAGGAAGGAGAUGAUCUUUUUGACAAACUGGAUACAAGUAAACUCAAUGCUCAUCUUAAGGAAUUAAUGCCUGGCCUCACUGCAAAAGUUUUCCGUACAUAUAAUGCAUCUGAGACCUUGGACCGACUGUUGCAAGAUACAACUGGAAGCAAUCCCACUGAGAAGAUAGCUGAUUACCAGCGUGCAAACAAAGAGGUUGCGAUUCUCUGCAACCAUCAGCGCAGUGUGUCCAAGUCACACAGUACUCACAUGGAGAAGCUUGGAGAAAAGAUGGCUGAGCUUGAGAAAGUACUCAAGGAACUCCAAAUAGAUCUCAGUCGGGCAAAGAAAGGAAAGCCACCGCUAAAAGCUGCAGAUGGGAAGCCAAAGAAGAAACAAAGCCCUGAAACGUUAGACAAAAAGAUAACACAGACUUAUGAUAAGAUCGAGAAGAUGAAGUUGAAUAUGGCCAUUAAAGAGGAUCUGAAGACUGUUGCUCUGGGCACAUCUAAGAUCAACUACCUUGACCCCAGAAUAUCGGUUGCGUGGUGUAAGCAUCAUGAAGUUCCUAUUGAGAAGAUAUUCAACAAAUCCUUGCUGGCGAAGUUUGCAUGGGCCAUGGACGUUGAUCUGGAUUAUAGAUUCUGAUUGAAUAUGAAAACACAGAAUCUCUUUCCCCCCCCCCCGGCGGGCCUGUUCUCUCUCUUCUGUAAUUCUUUCUCGUCUAGGGGAGAUCUCCUGUUAUUCAGGCACUGUAUGACUGCCCAAUUGCAGUUCUGAGUAUUUAGUCAGAGGGAAAUCCCUCCCCUUAAUCAUCAAAUGUCAUGUACAACUUCUAUCUACAAAAAGUAGUGCAUGUGAAAUUUCCCAUAAUCUCAAAUAUUUGUUGAAUCGAGGUGCUUCUGUAAA